AUGGUGAGGGCGGCGGUGCUCAUCGUCUUCCUCCUCUCCUUUGCCGGGCACGGGUGUUCCCAGCGCUACAACGCGAUCUACAGCUUCGGGGACUCCAUCUCCGACACCGGCAACCUCUGCGCGGGCUCUGGCGGCUGCCCGUCGUGGGACAACACAGGGAAGCCGCCGUACGGGAACACCCACUUCGGGCGCCCCACCGGCCGGUGCACCGACGGCCGCGUCGUCGUCGACUUCCUGGCGGAGCGCUUUGGCUUGCCGCUGCUCCCGCCUUCCAAGGCGAGCGGCGGCGACUUCAAGAAGGGCGCGAACAUGGCCAUCAUCGGCGCCACCGCCAUGGACUUCGACUUCUUCAAGUCCCGCGGGCUGGGUGCCAGCGUCUGGAACGACGGCUCCUUGGGCACUCAGAUCCAGUGGUUCCAGCAGCUCAUGCCCUCCAUCUGCGGCACCGGCUGCAAGAGCUACUUCAGCAACUCCCUGUUCAUCGUCGGCGAGUUCGGGGGCAACGACUACAACGCGGCCCUCUUCACCCCCGGCAAGGGCAUGGCCGAGGCCAGGAGCUACGUGCCCCAGGUCGUCGACAGGAUCACAACCGGCGUGGAGACGCUGAUCGGGCUGGGCGCCGUGGACGUCGUAGUGCCGGGCGUGCUGCCGAUCGGGUGCUUCCCGGUGUACCUGACGCUGUACCCGAGCUCGAACAAGGACGACUACGACGAGAUCGGCUGCCUCAGGAGCUUCAACAGCCUGUCCAGCUACCACAACGAGUUGCUGAAGCAGGCGCUGUCGGGCCUCCGGAGCAAGCACGCCGGCGUCAGGCUCAUGUACGCCGACUUCUACGCCCAGGUCACGGACAUGGUCCGGUCACCGGAGACCUUCGGGCUGGAGUACGGGCUGAGAGUGUGCUGCGGCGCCGGCGGCGAGGGCCCCUACAACUACAACAACGGCGCGAAUUGCGGCACGGCCGGGGCGAGCGCCUGCGGCGACCCGGAGAAGUACCUGGCCUGGGACGGCGUCCAUCUCACCGACGCCGCCUAUGGCUCCAUCGCCGGCGGGUGGCUCGACGGGACCUACUGCAGCCCCGGCAUCCUGCACUGA